CGCCCUUUUACUUUUUGAAUUCUCGAUUUGUUGCGUUUUAGAUGCAUUUGUGAUUUGCUUGAGCUUUGUUGAUUUUCCACCGAUUUCGAGUUGUUUCUGCUUCGGUUUCAUUCUCCGCGUUUCGAUUAGGGUUUCUUGAGAUUGUGGACUCUUCUUUUACGUACAAUUUGGAGGCCCCUGUUUAAUGGAAGCUCGUGUUUUGUUACUGCUUCUUUUACGUACAAUUUGGAGGCCUCUGUGUGUGUUCUGAGAACGAUCGAAUAAGAAGUCAAGUUCAGAAAGAGCUCUCAGUGUCCCACAGCUCGUCGAAUUAGGGCAUUGAUUGAUGAAACAGUCGAUUCUGUACAGAGAUGGACAUUGGCUGCUUGGGAGAGAAAGAUAGUCCUUUCUCUACUCCAAAGAGGCAUAACCAUACUUCUACAUUGGACAAAACUCCGGAAAGAAGGAAGUUAGCACUUGACAAUGAAAAUGAAAAUGGAUCAGAGAAGAAAGGACAAUCGAGAAGUGCUGGAGGUGGACUUCGUCAAUUUAGCGUUCUGGAUCUGUUAUCUUCACUUUGUCAGAAGCUGGAAGCCAAGAAGAUAAUUACAUAUAAGGAGAUUGCAGAUGACAUUAUUUCAGAUUUUGGCACAAUGCAGAAUGACACAUUGGGAUCUUCAGAAGAGUUCAAUGAGAAGAAUAUAAGAAGACGGGUCUAUGAUGCACUCAAUGUUUUCAUGGCAUUGGAGAUCAUCACAAGGGAUAAAAAGGAAAUCCGAUGGAAAGGACUUCUUGUUACCUGCAAGAAGGAUGUGGAAGAAGUAAAGUAUAUGACUUUUCAGGCUGAACGGACGAAACUCGUGAGCAGUGUCCAAAAGAAGGCUGCUUAUCUUAAAGAGUUGGAAGAAAAGGUUUCGAGUUCGCAAAAUCUUAUGUCAAGAAAUCAGCAGGUGGUUGAGAAGUCUAAAGGCCCUGCAGAAGGAUUUACUUUGCCAUUCAUCCUUGUUCAAACAAGUCCUCAUGCAACUGUUGAGGUGGAGAUUUCAGAGGACAUGCAACUGGUACACUUCGACUUCAGUAGCACACCUUUCACAUUGCAUGAUGAUGGUUACAUUCUGAAACUGAUGCACCAACAGAAGCUGCAGCAGAAGACAAGGCACCACCAUCCUUCUCAGCAUUCGUCUGCUCAUUCUUCGUCCACCUCGGUUUUCUCUGCAACCACUGGUCCUGUCUGCUGGAACACAUAUUCCGCCAGCACUACUUACUAGCUGACGACAAAAAAGAAGCGAAUACCCGAGUUUUUUUUGGGGGGGCCUGCCUGAAGAAAGGGAGAUGAAGAACUAAAAAGGGAUCAAAUUGUUAAGAGUAUUUAUACAUCAUCUGGUUUAUUGUGCCUUAGAAUAGGUUUCCUUAUGAAGUGGAGGUUUAUGUGAUUGCUACGGUUUAAAGGAGACUGUAAAUGACAAUUCAUAGGUGAAAUUGCUAAUACACAUACUUCGGCUUA